GAAAAUUAGUCAAACCUAUCACGCUCUUUCGUUUUAGUCAAAAUCGCAUACGAGAGAGAGGGAGACAACGAGGAGCCUCGGGCAAAUCCGUUGUCUUCCAUGAUGCAGAGGUGGAGCAGAAAAAAAUCCCAUUUCCCUUUGCUCGUGAUUCUCUUAUUGAUCUUCAUAGUUUUCACAGUCCUCUACAACGAACGCAGCAUCCAGCAAAUCCAUGAAGAACCGGACCGUGUUCAUCAUCGUCAAGAAGCUUCAAUCACAUAUGUUAAACCAAAUCGUUUAAGCCCAUCUCAUGAGGUUUUGGAUAGAUUUAAUAAGUGCAACUCUACUAGAGACUAUAGCGGUCGGAGAAUUGCUUGGCUUGACCGCACGGUGAAGACUGGUCCACGGAGAGUGGCUUCGGAGAGUUGUGACGUGUUUUCCGGAGAAUGGGUAUUCGACAAUGUUUCGUAUCCGCUGUACAACGAGUCGCAUUGUCCGUACAUGUCGGACCAAUUGGCGUGUCACAAGCAUGGGAGGCCUGAUUUGGGGUACCAGUAUUGGAGAUGGCAACCCCAACACUGCAAUUUGAAGAGAUGGGAUGUGACUGAAAUGUGGGAGAAGUUGAGAGGGAAAAGGCUAAUGUUUGUGGGGGAUUCACUUAACAGAGGACAAUGGAUAUCAAUGGUGUGUUUGUUACAGUCAGUGAUUCCAGCAAAUAAGAGAACUAUGUCGCCAAAUGCCCCUCUUACCAUUUUCAGAGCAGAGGAAUAUAAUGCGACCGUUGAAUUUCUCUGGGCCCCAUUACUUGUUGAAUCUAAUUCCGAUGAUCCUGUGAACCACAGAUUGGAUGAGCGGAUAAUUCGUCCUGAUUCAGUUCUUAAACAUGCAUCGCAGUGGGAGCAUGCUGAUAUAUUAGUUUUCAACACAUACUUGUGGUGGCGACAAGGCCCUGUUAAGCUGUUAUGGAGUGCUGAAGAAAACGGGACUUGUGAAGAAUUAGAUGGGAAAGGGGCCAUGGAAUUGGCCAUGAAGGCAUGGGCAGAUUGGGUGGCUACUAAAGUUGAUCCCCUCAAGAAAAGAGUCUUUUUUGUUACGAUGUCCCCUACACAUCUCUGGAGUCGAGAGUGGGAACCACGAAGUGAAGGUAAUUGCUAUAAUGAAAAAACACCUAUGGAGUCGGAAGGCUAUUGGGGAAGUGGUUCUGACUUGCCCACAAUGCGCAUGGUGGAUCAUGUCCUUGGCAUGUUAAGUUCAAAGGUUUCAGUUCUCAAUAUUACUCAACUUUCAGAGUAUCGGAAAGAUGGCCACCCUUCGAUCUACCGCAAAUUUUGGGAGACUCUGAGACCCGAACAAUUGUCAAACCCUGCAAGUUACUCCGACUGCAUACAUUGGUGCUUGCCGGGUGUACCUGAUGUGUGGAACGAGUUACUAUUCCACCUUUUGUAGAAACAAAUGAAUACUAGGAAGGAUUUUUUUGGUGGUUUAACAUAGCAAAUUGACAAUGGAAGAGGCAAAAGUUUGGUCCUGCUGGUGCCAAUAUAUUGAUGCCUCCAUUCGUAUGUUGAUGCUUCCAUUCUUAUGGAAAUGGUUGCUUGUCAGAACUGAUAUUUUGUAAUUCUUUUCUUUCAAGAGGAUUGCAUUUCUCAUAAUGCUAGUGAGCGUGGAAUUGACUCAUCUGAAUGCAGAUCCAUGGGGGGGUCGCCACAGAAUACAUGUACAUUGCCUGUUUCAUUUGGAGACGAUGCUUAAAUGAUUAGAUUGAUA